AUGGCCCCCUUUCAAAUCUUCUUCGUCUCCACUUUCUUCUACUUCCACCUCCUUUUCACAGCAUCAAGUGCUAAAAAAUGCAAAACAACAUAUUGCGAUGAUUUUAUCAGAUCGCCGUCGGUUGAAUUCCCUUUUCAACUCAAUACAACCUCUAGACAAGCCAAACGCUGUGGCUAUCCUGGAUUCAAUCUCUCAUGCAACAGCCGAAACCAAACGAUUCUCACUCUCCCAUAUUCCGGGGACUUCGUUGUGUAUCACAUUAAUUACUUCUUGCAAUCACUCCGUAUUAAAGACCCAGAUGGCUGCCUUCCCAGACGAUUCCUGAACCAAAGCUUCACUCUUUCUGGCUCUCCUUUCCACUUUGAGUUUUAUAUUAAUAAUAAUUACACCUUCUACAACUGCUCCAAGGAGACGAUCUAUAAGCGUGCAAGACGGGUUCCUUGCCUUAGCGGCGACAACUUUACUGUCUGGAAGACUUCUUCCCCUUUUAUGGAGCUACAGCAGCAGUGUCGGGUAAUAUUAAAUGCACCAAUUGAGGUCCAAUUGACUUGGUUCGAGCCCAAUUGUGUAUACUGUGUUGAAGAAUGUGCGUUCAAGAGUGAUACUGGUCUGGAAGUUGGAUGCUUUAAUGUUGCGAGUACUGCUCCUACUCCUCCAACUCCAAGCACCGGAGGUCUUCCAAUGAGUGCCAAGUAUGGCAUAGCCAUAGGCGUGGGAAUACCUGGACUGUUGUGCUUAAUUUGGCUCACUUGUUACCGAUGUAAGCGAGUUAUGGUUAACAGCCAGAUACCCCAACCUAACACACGACUCUCUACCUCAAUUGUUCCACAACAUAUUGCCUUUGUAAUGGGUCUUGAUGGGCCUACAAUAGAAUCAUACCCGAAGACUUUGCUUGGUGAGAGUCGAGAAUUACCCAAUCCCAAUGAUAACACUUGUCCCAUAUGUUUGUCCGAGUACAAACCCAAGGAGAUGCUCAGGACUAUACCAGAGUGUAAUCACUAUUUCCAUGUUAAUUGCAUAGAUGAGUGGCUAAAAAUUAGUGCAACAUGCCCUAUUUGCCGGAAUUCACCUGAUUAG